CUAUGUGUGGCUGCUGCCGCUGCUGAGAGGAGGCAGACGAUAAACGCCGGUGGGAGAGGAGAGAGUGCGGAGGAUGAGGUCUCGGUGAGGAAACAGGCGAACGACUUACCAGCCAGCAAAGCCGUAGACGAGGAAGUGGAUCUGCAGAAGGUUCACAGUCAGACUUCGGGGAAGGAGUGCGGAGAGACGGCCCGCACUCUUCCAUUUCCACUGUCAACCGAAUGUGCUGGUAAAACGGCGUGCUUUGAAAACGAUCAUUCAACUCCUGCAAGCUGUUCCAGUGAACAGGCCGACGCCCACUUUUCUUCUUCGAGUCCAGUUUCCUGGCGUGACUAUCAAGAGGGCGGGCAUGAAAAUGCUUUUGCCGUUCAAUCCAACAGCUCCCAAUUCACAAGCAUAAAUCUUCUUGUGGGUGGGCCCGAAGAACCGGGCGGAUCUGCCUGA